AUGUCCUCUCAAAACGCCAUCCGGAGAAAGCUCGUCAUUGUCGGCGACGGUGCAUGCGGCAAGACGUCAUUGCUCUGCUCGUUUGCGCUGGGAGAGUUCCCUAAGGAAUAUGUGAGCACUCCAAUCUUCGAGAACUAUGUCGCGGAGAUUCGGCUAGACGGCAAGCCUGUCCAGCUAGCGCUAUGGGAUACUGCCGGCCAGGAAGAAUACGAGCGCCUACGGCCGAUGUCUUACUCCAAGUCGCACGUCAUCCUGAUUGCAUAUGCUAUUGACACGCCAGACUCCCUGGAUAACGUCACUGUGAAGUGGAUAGAAGAAGUGCGAUCGAUCUGCGGGCCCACAAUUCCUGUGAUCCUUGUCGGCUGCAAGUCAGAUCUUCGGCCACCAGAGGGCUCGCCGAACGCUGGGCAGUUCGUUACACGCGCUGAGGCAGAGCGGGUCGCACACGCCAUCGGGGCGCGCGCGUACAAGGAGUGCAGUGCGCUGAAGAUUGAGGGCGUGGACGACGUGUUUGAGGCGGCGACGCGGGCGAGCAUGCUAAUGCGGGAAGGUGUGCCGGCGCAUGUGCCGAGCGCCGGGCGCGGGCAUGAGCGGCGGGGCAGCCGGAGCGGGAACCGCGACUGGGAGGGCAACAAGUGUUGUGUGAUCUGCUGA